AUGGUUGUUCUAUCCCAACAAGCUGCAUUAAACGAGUUAGUUCUGAUCAAGACAUGCAAGCCUUCAAGCAUGUUCACAGGGAUUCCAGAGGUUGACCUCUCAGACCCUCAGGCCAAGACACUCAUAGUCAAGGCCUGCCAAGACUUUGGUUUGUUUAAGCUAGUCAACCAUGGUGUUCCAUUGGAGUUGAUGACCAAUUUGGAGAAUGAAGCCCUCAAGUUUUUCAUGCAACCCCCGUCUCAGAAAGAGAAAGCCGGUCCUCCUGACCCUUAUGGCUAUGGCAGCAAGAGAAUUGGCACAAACGGUGAUGUGGGUUGGGUUGAGUACCUCCUCCUCAACACCAACCCUGAUGUCAUCUCCCCCAAGUCACUCUUACUUGUUCACCAAAACCCACAAAAUUUCAGUUGUGCUGUGGAAGAGUACAUACGGGCAGUGAAGAAUAUGACCUAUGAAGUGUUGGAACUAAUGGCUGAAGGAUUAGGGAUUGGAGGAAGGAAUGUAUUUAGCAAGAUGGUGAGGGAUGACAGAAGCGAUUGUUGCUUCAGGGUGAAUUACUACCCGGCAUGCCCAGAGCUUCAAGUUCAAGCAUUGAGUGGACGAAAUUUAAUUGGGUUUGGGGAGCACACAGACCCACAGAUAAUAUCUGUCCUAAGAUCCAACAACACAUCAGGACUGCAAAUCUGUCUCGGAGAUGGGACUUGGGCUUCAAUCCCACCUGACCACACUUCUUUUUUCAUCAAUGUUGGUGACCUCUUGCAGGUGAUGACCAAUGGGAGCUUUAAAAGUGUGAAGCACAGGGUAAUGGCUGACUCAACCAUGUCAAGAUUGUCAAUGAUCUACUUUGGAGGACCACCCUUAAAUGAAAAGAUAGCUCCUUUACCUUCUCUCGUGUCAAAGGAAGAAGAGAGUUUGUACAAAGAGUUAACAUGGCGUGAAUACAAGAAUGCUGCAUACAAGUCAAGGCUAGCUGAUAAUAGGCUCAGUCUAUUUGAGAAAUCUGCUGGUCAAUGA